CACCUCCUCCGCGUGAGGAGAAGAGGAGGAAGAAGAAGAAGAAGAAGAGGCCUGAUAUCAAUGAUCAUUUCCCCGGGAUGACAGUUUACAGAUAGAUGAAGGAGGGCAGAGGAGACGUAGCUGCUCCGGUGGUGCGCAAAGUCCAGCAGCCGGCAACUUAGACGCUUGACGCACAAGCUGCGCGCAUUUUCCGAUGUUGGGCAGAGGCUCGUGUUGAUCGCGGUGUGCAGCAGGAGCAGGAGCAGGAGCAGGAGCAGGAGCAGGAGCAGGAGCAGGAGCAGGAGCAGGAGCAGGAGCAGGAGCAGGAGCAGGAGCAGGAGCAGGAGCAGGAGCAGGAGCAGGAGACAUCAUCAUCACAUUCCCUGCGCCAUGGCAGCGGAGAGAGGCGGAGGAGGAGAGCGCUGAUUCACGGCUUGCAGGAGGAGGGAGAGAUCCAUCGAAGAUCCAUCUCCAGCGAGGGUGCAACCUUAAAAUACCAACCCCCUCCUCCUCCUCCGCCUCCUCCUCCUCCUCCUCACCCUCUGCUCUCCUCCCUCCCUCCCCCCCCUCGCCAUUGACAGCUCUGCGACCCGGUCAGUCCGUCAGACAGGGAGGAUCUGGGGAGGAGAGGCGCCGAGGCAGGAGAGGACGAAAGGCGAUCACCUCUGCUCUUGGUCGGAUCCCAUCGCCGGUACUCAGCGGGCUCGGGGAACCUGCCUCUCCCCGCGCACGAGGACGACACAGCGGCGGCACCGGAGGGAUUUUUUUAUUUUUUUGGGGGGGGUGGGGGGCUCCCGUUGGACUGAGGAGAAUCCACAUCCCGAGAAAACACACAAUAAUAACACAGGAGCCACAAAGUCCCGCGGAACACAGAUCCAGGUGGUGGGUGGAGAAAAACACAGCCCAGUGCUGGAUCCCAGAGGGACUGUCAGUGUGGUAAGGACCCUUGAGACGUAGGAGGGUGCAUGGAGGGUUCAAGGCCUGUAAAGCCAGGGUCCUCGGCCUGCCUAUGGUUGGGGCUGGUCUCGGUGGCUGUCGCCUUCCUUUGUACGGAGGCACGGACGACUCCCAUUCCUCCGAUCAGCCCCAGCAAUGGAACCUGCACGGGGAACUCCAAGUGUCACGAGGGGAUCAUCCUGCCCAUAUGGUAUCCAGAGGAUCCCUCCAUGGGGGACAAGAUCGCACGGGUCAUUGUGUAUUUUGUGGCCAUGAUCUACAUGUUUCUUGGAGUGUCCAUCAUCGCUGACCGCUUCAUGGCCGCCAUUGAGGUUAUCACGUCCCAGGAGAGGGAAGUUGUCAUCAAAAGGCCCAACGGGGAAACGACAACCACUACAAUCCGGGUGUGGAAUGAAACAGUCUCCAACCUCACCCUCAUGGCCUUAGGAUCGUCCACCCCUGAGAUUAUGCUCUCUGUCAUUGAGGUUUGUGGACAUAAUUUCCAAUCUGGCGAGCUCGGGCCUGCCACCAUUGUUGGCAGCGCAGCGUUCAACAUGUUUGUCAUCAUUGGCCUCUGUGUGUCCGUCAUUCCCCAAGGAGAGGUACGCAAGAUCAAACACCUCCGAGUUUUCUUUGUCACUGCAGGCUGGAGUAUCUUCGCUUACAUCUGGCUCUACAUGAUACUGGCUGUGUUUUCUCCCAAUGUAGUCCAGGUUUGGGAGGGUCUACUCACACUGGCUUUCUUCCCCAUAUGUGUACUCCUUGCCUGGGUGGCGGACAGACGACUGCUCUUCUUUAGGUUUAUGCACAAGAAGUAUCGCACUGACAAACACAGGGCGGUCAUCAUCGAGACGGAGGCUGAGCGCUCUAAGGGGAUCGAGAUGGACGGCAAGCUGGUCAACUCUCACUUCAUGGGGGGUGCGGCGAGCAAUCUGAUCGGUUUAAUUGAGGGUAAAGAGGUGGACGAGUCCCGGCGCGACAUGAUCCGCAUCCUGAAAGAUCUGAAGCAGAAGCACCCAGAGAAAGAGAUGGAUCAGCUGGUUGAGAUGGCCAACUACUACGCUCUGUCGCACCAGCAAAAGAGCCGCGCCUUCUACCGCAUCCAAGCCACGCGUAUGAUGACGGGUGCCGGAAACAUCCUGAAGAAACACGUUGCGGAACAGACGAAGAAGUGCACCAGUGUGCAGGAGGUGCACGUGGAGGAGCCAGAGGAGUAUGUGUCCCGGAUCGCUUUCGACCCUGCUGUCUACCAGUGCCUCGAGAACUGUGGCGCCGCCAUUCUGACCAUCACCAGAAAGGGUGGCGACAUCAACAAGACGAUCUACGUGGAUUAUAAGACAGAGGACGGGUCAGCUAACGCUGGGGCCGACUACGAGUUCACAGAGGGUACAAUGGUAUUCAAACCAGGGGAGAUGUUCAAGGAAAUAAGCAUUGGCAUCAUAGACGACGACAUCUUUGAAGAGGACGAGCACUUUUUUGUGCGCAUCGGAAAUUUGCGUGUCCUGGAGACCGAGGACGAGCUGUUGUCCCCCAACAGUCUCCCCUACCCGAAGGCCAUGCUGGGCUUCCCCACCGUGGCCACUGUGACCAUCUUGGAUGACGACCAUUCGGGCAUCUUCACCUUUGAGAGCAGCUCGGUGCACAUCAGUGAAAGCAUCGGCAUUAUGGAACUGAAAGUGCUGAGGACCUCUGGAGCAAGGGGAACAAUCAUUGUGCCUUAUCGCACCAUGGAGGGACUUGCCAAAGGAGGCGGCGAGGACUUCGAAGACACGUACGGAGAGCUGGAGUUCAAAAACGACGAGACGUGCAAACUUGUUCACGUGAAAAUUAUUGACGAUGAGGAGUAUGAGAAAAACAAGAACUUCUUCCUGGAGCUGGCCGAGCCUCGCAUGGUAGACAUGAGUCUGCAGAAAGCCCGGUUGUUAGCCGACGACGUGCCAGACAGGAAGCUGACAUCAGACGAGGAGGAAGCCAAGCGGAUCGCAGAGAUGGGAAAACCGGUGCUGGGGGAACACUCCAAGCUGGAAGUCAUUAUUGAGGAAUCAUAUGAGUUUAAGAGCACAGUGGACAAGCUGAUCAAGAAGACCAACCUGGCACUGGUGGUGGGAACCAACUCCUGGAGAGACCAGUUCAUGGAGGCCAUCACAGUCAGUGCAGGAGAUGAGGACGAAGAGGACACGGGGGAAGAGCGGCUGCCGUCCUGUUUCGACUACGUCAUGCACUUCCUCACCGUCUUCUGGAAGGUGCUGUUCGCCUGCGUCCCUCCCACAGAUUACAUGAACGGCUGGGCCUGCUUCUUCGUCUCCAUCAUCAUCAUCGGCCUGCUCACGGCCGUCAUCGGCGACCUGGCGUCUCACUUCGGCUGCACCAUCGGCCUCAAGGACUCGGUCACCGCUGUGGUGUUCGUGGCUCUCGGCACAUCUGUCCCAGACACGUUUGCCAGUAAGGUGUCAGCGGUCCAGGACAGCUACGCCGACGCCGCCAUCGGAAAUGUGACCGGCAGCAACGCCGUCAACGUCUUCCUGGGCAUCGGCAUUGCCUGGUCAGUGGCGGCCAUCUACUGGCACAUGAAGGGGAAGCCGUUCGAGGUGCAAGCCGGCUCCCUGGCCUUCUCCGUCACCCUCUUCACCAUCUUCGCCUUCCUGGCCAUCUCGGUGCUGCUCUACCGGCGCCGGGCCCACAUCGGAGGGGAACUGGGCGGGCCCCGGGGACACAGACUGGCCACGACAGCCUUUUUUUUCAGCCUCUGGUUACUUUACAUCUUCUUCUCCAGUCUGGAAGCCUACUGUCAUAUAGAGGGCUUCUAGAGAGAGAGCAGACUUCAGCAUGAGAGGACACACACACACAGGGGUUUCAAGUACAACUUCAGAGGUAGCAGGGUGAACGCUCACUGUGGAAUCGGGUCAGUCUUGUACGGUACAGAAGGACAGGAGAGGUGAACGCGGGGUUUUUUUCCCAGAUGCCUCCCUCCCUCCCUCCCUCACUCUCUCUCUCUCCCUCAACCCCCUCUGUAAGGAUGCUCGGAGGUGUGCAUCCUGCCCUCCAGUGCCGACAGGCCUCACAGGAGAGCCGCCCCGAGCCCGUGCGAGUGUGCUUACAGUUGGGAUUGGGUCACCACCAUAAUCCAGAAGAUGCCGAGCGCUGGUCCCGCAUUCCACUGGAAGAGUCUUAUAACCGGAGAGAGCUGAGUUAAUCAGAGGUCUAUAUUUUUCUCAACAUCCGACGAGAACGACUUUUUCUAAAAAAGUAUUUUGGGGAUAAAAACGCAAAAAAUACAUCAAACAAAAAAAAAAGAAAACCACAGACACGCAAACAAAAAAGAGGAAUCAAAGAACUAUUUUCUGAUCUAUGUCGAGGAAUCUCAAAAGAUUAUAUAUCGUGAAUGGAAAUAUGAUGUUGAGUGACAGUGGGAUGGAUUCAUAGUAUUUAUUUUUGUUUGCAUAGUUUCCUAAGGAGCGCUGCAGGAAUCACACAGAGAAGAAGAGGAGGAGGUGGAGGAGGAGGAGGAGGAGGAGGAGGAGCAGCGACUGUGGCAGAUGAAUCAGCAUCAGACAGACGAGGAGGAAGAGGUGGACACAGUGAACAUGGUCAAAACUGCCCUGGACAUUACUUCCUUACUCUAUACGUAUCUAUAUAUAAUAUAUUUCCAUAUUUUCUGUAUAUUUUGAGUAUUUCUUUUAAGUGUGGUCACCUUCUGCUCUAACAACAGAGGAUUCCUGUGGCUCAGCGGGACGGGAGGUGUUUGGGGGGUCAAACUAUAUACUGGAACGAUGUCUUCACAUUUCUAAGAGUUAUGUAUCUUGCCUAUAGGUAAAAGUAUGACAUUGUAUUUUAUUUAUUUACUGAUAUCUUGAUCUCACUGGAAUUUUCACCUUUUCAAUCAGAAACCUGAAGAAAAAAACAGAAAAAAAAACAAACGUGUUGCUGCAGAGAUAAAUUCAGAGGUAUUUUUCUACUGGUCCAUCCAUGCACUUUGCUGUAUAGUUCUAUUUAUGGAGACUUCUACUUGUACAUGUGCAAAAGGCCAAUAUUACCGGUGUCGCUAUGGACUGAACAGAGUGCCUGUGCAGGGAGAGGCUGCAGCCGCCCACACCGACCAGAUACCCGCUCCGCUGAAAAACACCGAAGAGCUUCUUUCCAAAAUGGUGGAUAUCCAUUUUAAAUAAUAACCACAAGAACAACAAGCAAAAAAACUAAAAACGAGGGCUACAACUAAUGAUUCUCUUCAUCAUCGAUCAAAUCCGACGACUAUUUUCUGAAUUGGUUGCUACAAGCUGCUGUUCUCGUAGCUUCUGUAUCUCUGUGCGAUCUAAUUCAAGGUUCAUUUCAUCUAUAUCCAGUUUCCUCUUUUAUAUAUGAAUAUUUAAGAAAAUCUACUAAGUUGAAACCUUUGUGAUCUCAACAGGCCUAAAUAACAAUGUGUUCAAUAGCAUUCAAAACUCAACCAAUGCAUAAGCUCACGUUUCUUCCAACGCCAACAUCCUGUUAGGUCUUAUCAUUUUUAUGUUUUUCCUUUCCAGCUUUUUAGCUUUAAUAUCUGACAUCUAAUAUCAGCAUAACAUCUAAUAACGACUCUUUGUCCUGUUAUUAAAGCCACGAAUUAACCAGCUCUCACUCUGUCAAGCUACUAGCGUCAAGGGCUUAUGGGAAAAUUUGCUUGUUGGGCAUUUCUAAUAAUAUUAUAUAUAUAAAUAUACAUUUUUAAUCAUCCUCCCUGUCUCUAGAAUAAAUAACAUGACAUGUUCUUGAGCAGAAUUAAACCCAAGUCUACAUUUUAAGUAUUUUUGCAUUAUUACAAGUAUCGUUUUUUAUUAUGUAUUAAAAACCCAAAGUUAUAGUUUCACCUGAGGUUAAUGUUAACCCAAUAACCUAAGUUGCUCUGGCUAAUGUUGAAGCAAAUUCCUAUUUAUAGAAUACAUGUCUCUGUCCGUCAAAGUUGAUUUGGAUAUAACUUUUAACCCAAAACUUUGAUCCUUUAAACAGAGUUAGGUAAUAAUUCGCUCCCGGUUCAUAAGUAUUUCCCCCUUUCACAUUAUGCAGUUGAUUCAUUGUUAAUAUGAAAAAUCAAUUAGUGCAGCUUUGACAAAUCAACACAGAACAUCUUCAGAAAUGUUUUUGUUACAAUUCAGCACGAUUGUCCUUCACAGCUUCAUUCCUGGUUACACAAAGAGCCGAUGUCAGAGAUGUCCCAGUUUGGAUUGAAACUCUUCUGUGACGUGUUGGCGUGGAGAGGCGGGGGUGUGGGUGUGACAGCAGCAGGGAGCUCCAGGUUGAAUCUGAACGUAGCCUGACAGUGAUACUGAAUUCUGUUUAUCACACAUGACUGGUGCUUUGUUUGUAAAACGAGAGGGGGAACAAAACAACGUUGCACAUUUGAAACUUCCAACAGCAGAGAGAACAUGUGUUUGUUACUCGAUUUGCAUAAAGUGUGUGUUGAUAUAUAAUCAGUAAAUUCUAGUGGCUGAUUUUAAAGUCACCCCAGAGAUUAACCAAAGAGGUGGGAUGCAACAUCUGUUUAAAAAAAAAUCUAGAAGUAAACAACAACAACAAAAAAAUAAAUAAAUGAAAAGGUGAGAGUAAGCGGCAGUGACACUGUAUCUCCACAGGGGGGAUGUCAACCUCCAGGCCCUGUGGUCGUCCCUUCCUCUACUUCUCCAUGAGCACCUCCUCCUCAUCUUCCUCAGUGUUCUUCCUCUGUGGUGAGCAGGGAUGUAAAUACGUCUGGUGGCCGAAUCGGACGCCCUGGACCACACCUGCUCGCCCCACUCUCUAUCUCUCUCUCUCUCUCCUUCUCUCUCUCUCUCUCUCUCUCUCUCUCUCUCUCUCUCUCUCUCUCUCUUACACACUGUAUAAACACACACAGACACACACACACACACUGGGAGUAGAGCGAUGGGUCCACUGCUGCAUUAGAGGGAGGACAGUGUCCCAUUCAGAGGCAACACAACCCAACAUAAUGUACAUAAUGAUUUCAGUGUAUGUUUACAUAUAGACACAGUAGAGGUGUCCUGGGGGGGGAAAGCAUGUCGACACACAACUCUCAUCUCCAGGUUCUCUGCAGUCGCUUCACCUGAGCCAGCGAGUCAGUGGAAGUGUGAAGUUUUUAUUUAAUUUAUUCAUUUAUUUAUCAUUAUUAUUAUUUUUGUUUUGCUUCACUGUCACCCUCUCCUUUGUUAAAAUACUUAAAAACAUGUUAAUUACCAGUGCUCUUAAUUUCAUCCUCGGCCUCUAGCGGCUUCUCGUGUUGUUUAUUUGCUUGUUUUAUUCUUUUGAUCUGCCGGGACGUGUUGGAGCCGAACGUCGGCCGGCGUGUUGUUCUUGUGCAUGUUUCCUGCAGAGGCCCCGGGCCGUGCGUCCUUCUCGCACCCGCGUGCACAGGCGAUGUGGGUCCUCACACGGGGCACCACUCUGGAUUGGUUCUGUCUUAAGGAAUACAUGUCUUACUUCAGUGGACGAACAAACGUAUAUAUAUUUAUCAUACACAUCACUUCUCGAGGCACCAGUCUUCUCUGUUCCUUUUCCUCGGCCUGCUGGAUGGAAGUGAAAUCACCGUGCAGUAGUUAGACUUGUGGUUGCUGAUGUUGUGAGACACCGAGGGAAGCUUCGGUGAUGAGGUGAAUACUGUUUCUUUUUAACUUUGUUUUGUGUAACAGAAAAAAAGGGGCACAUUGUAACGGAUGGGUUGUUUUUUUUUCCUGGCCUGCAAUGAGAUGUCAAAAAUAAUAAUAAUAAAAAAAAGCAAAUUUCCAAAGCUGACAGAUGUUUUGAGAUCAACCCGUUUUUUUUCCUUCUUUUACUGUGGAAUAAAAGCAACUUUCUGGUUCAUAAGCUGGUUUCACCGACUGGAAUCAAGUCUGUGUCUGAAUCUGUGUUAAUAACAUCACACCAGGUUUAACAUUUCAGGAAUUUCGGAAACAGACUUGUGCUCGACCACAUACAGUAUUUUUAUCGUGAAAACGUCCCUCACAUUUCCCCUGAAGGCAAAAAUAAGAAAAUCUCCCAGACAUGUUUUAUUAGGGGCUUCACAUAACAACUGAACUGCAGCAGAAUAUUGAUGCCUUUUAAACGUUGCAGUGAAAAAGCACAAGGUGAGGAUUUUUAAUUUAAGAGUAAAUAUUCUAAAGAAAUAUGAUUCCUGUUUUUAAUUUUUCUGUUUUCAUCCGACUCAAAAGACGAGUGAAGGAAUAAUUUCCUUUUUUUCCCGUGAAACCAGCCAAAAUCAUAUCACAUCUUUAUUUCUUCAGUUGUAUAUGUGUGUGUGUUUUUCAUAUGCAGGCUGCAGAGGAACCACAUAAUAUUUGACAUAUUAUGAAAAACAGAACUGAGGCAAUGAUCCUUUAAUCUGACGUAACUUCAGACAGAAGCAUUUUAAGCUGCAUUAAAGUUUAACUCCGUAUCAAAGGGUAUUUCUCAGCCCUUCUUCCUUGUCUUCCUCACUUUUCUUUUUCUGAAGUCUUUAUUUGGUGCCUGGUGAGAAAUUAAGAAAAAGUCAUCUCCCUGAAGCCAUUUUCUGAUAUGAGAGUUUAAUAUUCAGGUUUUCAAAGUAAAACUCAAAACAGAAGCAAAACCAACCCCUCAGAAGUCACAUAUAAAGCUGGAGGAUCAUUUCUGCUAAAUCAAAAAGAAAAGUUGAAAUAAUGACAAUAAUAAUAAAACGUAGCUUGAAUUACUGUCUCUUGGUUUUUAUAUUGUCAGCUAAAAUAUUUACUUUUAUUUACAACUUAUUUCAUAGUUUUGAUCUAUGUUGAUUAUUAUAUUAACUUAAUUUUGAUUAUCAAAGAGAGUUUCAAGAUCCUGAUCAUCUCAAAUUUCAUAUAUAUUUUAAGCUACUAGCUUAUAUUUAGAAAUUUGUAUUCUUUAUUUAUUUUUUAUUCAUUAUUUUACUAUUUACAUAUUUUUCACAUGUAUCUCAUAAUUCACACUAUUUCAUAAGUGAAAUCAUUUUUAAAUCUAACUUGUUGAUUGUUGUUUUGACUGAAUAAGAUGUAAUUUGACUGAUAUAAACUUACUGAUUUACUACGAGCAGU